AUGGAUAUAUACCUCCAAGCUAUCGAGUCGUUGGAUAAGGGGUUAGGAUUCUGGGGCUGGUGGGGAGUUUGGAGGUUGAGAUGUGGAUUCGGGGGAUUGGGCCGCGUUAUGAGGAGAUGUUGCGAGUGCGCAUGCGAGCGAGGGCGACGAGGGCGUCGAUAUGGGAAAUGGGUUACGAUUAUAAGAAUAUACCCAGUAGCCGCAGCCCUGGAAUCACCGGGGAGGUUGACACCCCUCCGAGAAUCCCUCACGACGACUGGCUUGACCACCGACCCGAAGCCUCCAGACCCGAAGGUCCUCCGCCUCAAAGACCUCGCCAUCGAUAAGAUCCCUUCAUCCAGCACCAUCCUCGAAGAAGACAUAUCCCUAAACUCCAACCGCGUCUCCCUCGAGAAAUCAUGCAGGACCUCACACUAA